AUGAGGUUCCGCGAAGCAUUGGAGCUGAAGUCUCAUUAUGGAAGCUUUAAGGAAGAAGAGAGCUUCGUUCCCAACGUGGAUGAGCUGAUCAACCUCAUCCGAAAGAACACAAAGAUGAUUAUCAUAAACAAUCCUAAUAAUCCCACCGGUGCACCUAUCCAUAACAGUGAACUGGGGCGCAUUGCUCAAAUAGCAAAGGAGAAAGGCAUCAUCCUAUUCUCUGACGAAGUCUAUCGCCCACUCUUCCAUGGCGGGGCCUCUGGUCAAAUUGACAUACCGAAGCCUGCUACGUCCUUGGGUUAUGAAAGAACGAUCACGACGGGAUUCAUGUCCAAAGGAUAUGCUUUGGCUGAGAUUAGGGUCGGCUGGAUUGCGAGCAAGGACAAGUGCAUCAUUUCAGCCAUCAUGGCCGCGCGAGACUACACCACAAUCAGCGUUUCCCAGAUCGAUGACCAGGUCGCGAGAUACGCCUUAUCGCCAGCAGUUCUCCCUUCUUUAGUUGAUCGCAACUUGACCCUGGCGAGAAACAAUGCGAAACUGGUCAAAGAGUUUACCGGACGCUAUAAAGCCGUGUGUUCCUGGGUAGAGCCCACGGUUGGUACGACAGCAUUUGUUCGUUUCAUCAAGAAUGGCCAACCCAUAAACGAUGUUGAUUUCUACUUGGACCUGCUGAGCAAGAACAAUGUCUUGUUUGUAGCAGGUUCGAAAUGCUUUGGGAAGGACGAGGACUUUAAGGGAUACAUAAGAAUGGGGUAUGUCUGUGAGACACAUGUUCUAGUCGAGGGAUUGAAGCGAUUGGGUGCUUACAUCGACGCAAACUUACUAUAG